AUGGAUGAUAGCGAUCAAGUUCAAGAGCAAGGCUCCGUUUUCUGCUGCUGUUUUACUCUAUCCAAUAAGAAUCCUGAGCAAAUUGGUGAAAGAACCAGACUAUUGACUGCUCAACCUGUACCCUCCAAUCUUCUUGGACAAAAUGAAAAUAAUCAGGAAAAGAAUGAUCCCGCUACGUUAGAAAAUACCUCUCCGGAAAAUCCAUCUCUAUCAACUCAUCAUAGCAGAACUAGCGAUGAAUCAGUCACCACUGCUUCUUCUAGAAGUUCAUCUCUAUCUCAGAUCUCAGAUCGUCUAGAUGGUCAGAUCGAGACUAGAGAAGAAAUAAAUAACGUUAGCCUGUUUAAGUUGAUUCUUGACGCCCUUAAAUUACCACAAAAUGAAGGCUACUUUGGUAAAACUUGUACUGGUAUUGAACAUCGUAAUCGACGUUAUGUAUUUAAGCAAUGGAAUUAUCAGAUUGUUCUUAAAGCGAAGCAACCACUUGAAGAAGGUGCAAGGAUUUUAGCAGGAUUAAAACAUAGGAAUGUAAUCAAGGUGCUAGGAUUUUAUAAAGAACUGAAUGGAGUUUUAGAGGAAUGGGGUGUUGAAAGUUUAAGUGAUCGAAUGAUGGAAACGGACAACAGUAGGGUAUUAGAAUGCUUUCAACGCCACAAAAUACUUUGUGAUGUUGUGGAAGGAUUAUAUUACUUACACUCAAAAUCAGUAGUUCAUAACAAUUUAACUGGCAAUAAUAUAAUUAUAACUAAGGAUGGGACAGCUAAAGUAGCUCAUGGUGGCUAUUACACAGUCUUUCCUAAAGCAAAGUCCAGUAUCAAUUUGGAUAGUUUUAAAAAUUUUCGUCAUAAACUUGGUUACUACAGUUCUAGGGCAUUAGGAGGAAUACCUGAAAUACCCAAUGAUAUUUUCAGUUUAGGAGCUGUUAUUUUAUUACUUGUGACUGGCAAGGAACCAUAUGGUGAAAACGAUGAAUACGUAUUUGCUAAAUUUUUACUUGAGGAUACGUCGAAAUGGCAUAAAUUAAAAGAUGAAAGAAUAGUAUGGGUAAAGAGACGAUCUCAGUUUUCCAGUAAGACAUUCAGGAAGGCCUUGCUUAAAAUUGCUAAAGAUUGCAUGAAAGAGAAAACUAACGAUAGACCGACCUUAAAUAAGAUUAAAGGCAAGCUAGAGCGCUAUAAGACAGCGUAUUUUACCUUUGAUUAUAAUAUUCCAAAUGAACACAUAGAAAGCGGCGAAGAUAAUAAAGAUGAAGAGAGUGAUACAUCGUCUUGUACUUUUUAA